GCUUUGUUUGGGUUUGAUUGUGUUUGGCUCUUCAGCUAAGCUGAUUUAUGCAGCAGAGCCCCAUCCGCUGGAGAGGAACAAAAGCUCUUUUCUUUGUCCAGAGUGGACUGUGGAACCCUUACUCGCUUCGCCGCCGCGGGGCCAUCGGCUGUCUGAGGAGGUGCUUUUGGUUGAGACCGCGGGACCGGCUGUGCGGAGCUUGGAGGGCCGCAGGGGCCCUGAGAUGCAGAGAGCUGCUCAGGCCCGCGUACCUGUAUCGCCUACUCCGAGUCCCCCAGUGGGUCAGUCCGGCCUGUGGAAAAGGUCCUAGGGACUCUCGGCCCGCGGGCCCCAAGGUGCGCCCCCAAGUCCCGAGCGCACGUCAGGAAAGAGGCCAGGCAGCGGGCGCGGGGCGGGCUGCUUUGCAUUAUGUGCGGCUCGGCCCUGGCUUUUCUGACUGCUGCACUGCUCUGCCUGCACAACUGCCAGCAGCGAGGUCCUGCCUUGGUUCUCCGGGCGGCCUGGCUGUUUUCUCUUGUUCUCGGACUGGGCCAAAGUGAACACAAUAGAUGUGGCUCUUCAAACGUGGUCUCCUGUGCCAGGUGCCUCCAGCUGGGUCCAGAAUGCGGAUGGUGUGUUCAAGAGGAUUUUGUUUCAGGUGGAUCAAGAAGUGGACGUUGUGAUACCGUUUCCAAUCUGAUAAGCAAAGGCUGUCCAGUUGACUCGGUAGAACACCUGUCAGUGCGCAUAAUGACACCAAGUGAGAAUGAAAUCAAUACCCAAGUGACACCAGGAGAAGUCUCAAUCCAACUGCAUCCAGGAGCUGAAGCUAAUUUUAUGUUAAAAAUCCGUCCUCUGAAGAAAUAUCCUGUGGAUCUUUAUUAUCUGGUUGAUGUGUCGGCAUCAAUGCACAAUAAUAUAGAAAAACUGAAUUCCGUUGGAAAUGACUUAUCCAAAAAAAUGGCAUUUUUCUCCCGUGACUUCCGUCUUGGUUUUGGCUCGUACGUGGAUAAAACUGUUUCACCUUACAUUAGCAUCCACCCAGAAAGGAUCCACAAUCAGUGCAGUGACUACAAUUUAGACUGUAUGCCUCCCCACGGAUACAUCCAUGUGCUGUCUCUGACAGAAAACAUCACUGAGUUUGAAAAAGCAGUCCACAGACAAAAGAUCUCUGGAAACAUAGAUACUCCUGAAGGAGGUUUCGAUGCCAUGCUCCAGGCUGCUGUCUGUGAGAGUCAUAUUGGAUGGCGAAAAGAAGCUAAAAGAUUGCUGCUGGUGAUGACAGACCAGACAUCACAUCUUGCUCUUGAUAGCAAACUGGCAGGCAUAGUGGUGCCAAAUGACGGAAGUUGCCAUCUGAAAAACAAUGUCUACGUCAAAUCUACAACCAUGGAACAUCCAUCACUAGGCCAACUUUCUGAAAAGUUAAUAGACAACAACAUAAAUGUCAUUUUUGCAGUUCAAGGAAAGCAGUUUCAUUGGUACAAGGACCUUCUACCCCUAUUGCCUGGUGCCAUUGCUGGUGAGAUAGAAUCCAAAGCUGCAAAUCUCAACAAUUUAGUAGUAGAAGCCUACAAGAAACUCGUUUCAGAAGUAAAAGUGCAGGUGGAAAACCAGGUACAUGGCAUCUAUUUUAACAUCACUGCAAUCUGUCCAGAUGGGGCCAGAAAACCAGGUGCAACUGGAUGUGGAAAUGUGACAAGCAAUGAUGAGGUUCUUUUCAAUGUAACAGUUGUGAUGAAAGCAUGUGAUGCCACAAGAGGAAAAAACUAUGCAAUAAUCAAACCUAUUGGUUUCAAUGAAACCACGAAAGUCCACAUACGCAGAAGCUGCAACUGCCAGUGUGAGGACCGCAGAGGGCACAAAGGACAGUGUGCAGAAGCAGCCCUGGAUCCCAAGUGUCCCCAGUGCGAUGACAGCGAAUGUCUUUUUGACGAAGACCAGUUUCCUUCUGAAACUUGCAAGUUGCAGGAGGAUCAACCUGUCUGUAGUGGCCGAGGAGUUUGUAUCUGUGGAAAAUGUUUAUGUCACAAAACCAAGCUUGGGAGUGUAUACGGCAGAUACUGUGAGAAGGAUGACUUUUCUUGUCCAUAUCACCAUGGAAAUGUGUGUGCUGGCCAUGGGGAAUGUGAAGGUGGCAAAUGCCAGUGCUUUGCUGGCUGGGAAGGAGAUCGGUGCCAGUGUUCCUCAGCCUUAGCACAGCACUGUGUCAAUUCCAAGGGCCAAGUUUGCAGCGGAAGAGGCACCUGUGUGUGUGGCAGGUGUGAGUGCACCGACCCCAGGAGCAUUGGCCGUCUCUGUGAGCACUGCCCAACCUGCCAUCUGUCCUGCAGUGAAAACUGGAACUGUGUGCAGUGCCUUCACCCUCACAAUCUGUCUCAGGCUGUACUCCAUCAGUGUAAGACCUCCUGUGCUGUCGUGGAGCAGCAUCGUGUGGACCAGGCAUCAGAAUGUUUAUCUGGUCCAAGCUAUCUGCGAAUAUUUUUCAUCAUAUUCAUAGUCACGUUCUUGAUUGGGUUGCUUAAAGUACUUAUCAUUAGACAGGUGAUACUACAAUGGAAUAGUAAUAAGAUAAAAUCUCCAUCAGAUUACAGAAUGUCUGCUUCCAAAAAGGAUAAACUGAUUCUGCAAAGUGUUUGCACAAGAGCUGUAACCUACCGACGGGAAAAGCCUGAGGAAAUAAAAAUGGAUAUCAGCAAACUAAAUGCUCACGAGGCAUUCAGGUGCAACUUCUAAAGAAAGAUUUUUUAAAAACCAAUAACAAUAACAAAACAACACUGUUGGAAACUGGAUUUUUUUUACACAAUUGUUCCAAAAAAGUAUAAUAUAAAAAGUCACAGGAGGAGACAAGUUAUUUAAGAUUGUGCCAUGAAGACUGGCAAGUGUCUUCACAACUGUGUGACUCAUCCAGCUGCUGAACUUUUCAGAGAACUAUGUGUCUUACUACUGUUGGAUACUAGUGUCGUAGCACUUUACUGUAAUAUAUAACUUAUUUAGAUCAGCAUAGAAUGUAGAUCAUCUGGAAAGCACUGAUUACACUUUACAGGUACCUGUCAUCCCUGCACUUCCCCCAGUGCUGUGGAACAGGUUGGCAUGGUGUUGCUACCACAGCGUAGUGAUUCUUGCGCACAAUCUGCUGAUGGAGAACAUCCAGGAGUCACUGAAAGUAGUCAACCACACCAAUUGGCAUUGUCUAGAUGUGUAAAACUGGCUGAAUAAUGGUUAGUAUUUCACUUCAUUUGGAGGUGAAUAGGUAGAACCUUAACCCUAAGACGUGUUGCUUUUGAAACUGUGGUUUGGUGCAUGUCCGUUUCUGUUUUCUUCUCUUUUGCAAAAUGGAUAUUGACUCCAACAUCUUCUCUUUUUUUUGCAUUUAUAUUCUGUUUUUUCCUCCCUUCUGGAAUAAGUUAAUAAUGUCAUAGAUGACUGGAUUAAAUAAGUGCUAAGUUACUACUGCCGUAGAAAUCUAUAUGACAAUGUCACUUUAUUAGAAUACUGAUUUUAAAAGCUGAAUGUUAGUUAUAGGGGUCACUGUAAAGUGUCAUCUAAGUCCACAGCUUCUCUGUUGGAAGAUACAGAAUUUUGUAUUUUCUUACCUGUCAAACUGGAUGCAUUGUUUCACUCUCUCAUUGAUCUGACCUGUAGCCUGAAAUCCACGAGGUGUCUACAAAACUGCUUCAGGUAGAGUGGGUGCCCUCUUUUCUGAGUAUGCUCUCUUGAUUUUCACUCCAAGCUGAUGUCGGCAAAUGGAAAGCCGUACUAUUUUUGUCCUUCUGUGCCAUCUAAGGGCAUCCUUUGACUCAUCCCAACCCUACUCAUGAGAAUCCACAAAGACACAAAGUUGGAGAAGAGUGAGUAAUACCUUGGAAAUGAGCUAACACACCCUUCUUGUUAGCCAGAGAACUGAGGCUUGGGAAAAUUCAAAUGGUUUCACAAAAACGCAAAAGCAAUGAAGUGGCAGUCUUAGAAGAGAAGAUCUGCCUUGUAAUCACAGGCCAGCAUUGCACAAUAGCACACUACCUCUUGAAUCUUCAAAAUGUCCAUGGCAAAACUUAAAAUAGGAUUUACUGACAUCCUGAGUAUAUUUUCAUGAGAAUACUUCACAGCAAAGUAGGGAAGGGUACUCUACAUGAAUUUGUGUAUAAACAGCUUGUUUUUCUCAUUACCCACCUUCUGAUAAGGCUUUGGCUAAGCCUUUCCCUCCACACAGUGGCCUACAAGAACAAGCCUCCUGGAACUGUGCCUGGCUCAGUUUAAAGCCUUGAUGCAGAGGCUUGGUACUUGAAUUCUAGCGUGUUUUACCUGUGACAAUGGAGGAAUCUCAAGAAGUAUCUCUCCCAGAUUUGCUGCUUCCCAGCACUUGAAAGUUCUAGAUAUUUGCAUUCUGAUGAGGAGUAACUUCCAUUAGAUAUUUCACCUUUAUGGCCUGGAAAGCCUAUGUGGUAUUCUCUAGCCAGCGAACAUGACAAGUGAUGCUGCUGACUUGAACUGUUUCUUCUUCUUCAAUUGGGGAUGGGCAUUGCCAAAAUACUGCAUACUGUGACUGUGUGUCAGAAAUUAUAGUCACUAAAGCUGGUGUGAAAGUCGUAUUUUACUGCUCAUAAUAUACAGUAUCAUUUUACAAACAUAUAAAUUAAUGGAUGCUUGGCAGUCUCCCCCCCCCACAUACACACACACACACACACACACACACACACACACACACACACACACACACACUGGAAGAUAUCUACUAAUUGAACGUUGACAACUUCAAAGUGAGCAGUGUUUAUGAGCAAUACACUAUUUCCAGGUGGAAUGAGCAAAACAGCACACAUAAAGGGAACCCUUGAAAAGCAAGGAUUUGUAUGUUUUUAGGACCUCACUAGUUUGCACUAAUUUUAAGGUGGAACAAGGUUGUUGCCACAGGAAAGACAAACUCCCUUGCCAGGAAUCCAGUGCCAGGUGAUAAUACCUACUUAACACAUGGAACGUGUUGUGGUUUCUUUUACUCUUCUUUUCCCUUCUUUCUUUCUUUUUUUUUUUGUUAAAGAGCUAAUUUUUAAAGAUUGUAGGGCUCAUAUUUUACUUGAAUAAUUGAUGUUCUUCUGUUUAAUAGUUUGUGAGAAGAGGAUUAAUAUUUGACUAGAUAGAAUUAACUAACAGGUAAGGGGAAACAGGGUAUUCUUAGAUUACAUAAUUUAUGUAUUUAGAGACUAUUUUCAAAUGCUAUGACUGCAAGAGUCUUUUGGGAGUUGUUGAUAGUAAAUGCAAUUAAUUGAAUUUUAAAUUGCUAGCAAAAUUAAUAACUUGAAUGAUAUUUUUUGGCAUGGCAGCAUUUUGUGCUCUGGCGUGUAAUUAUUCAGUAAUGUUCCAUAUAUCCACUACAUACAUAAGUUGUUUCUUCUAAGACAUUUUUACAAUGAAAUAUACAUGUAUUUAUAGACAUUUGAUACGAUUUUUAGAUAUUUUCUACUAUUUAUUAAGCCAUAGACAUUCUCUAAAAGACUUAAAAAUUCACUAAAAAUCUAAUUAUGUCCCAAAUGUUCAAUUUAACUUAGUUUAUAAAAAUAACAAAAAAUAUAUAUCUCUAGAGGCAAAUUUUUCAAAACUCAAAAAAAAGUAAAAUUAUGUAUACAUCAGAUGCAAAACUUCACCAAAGAACAAAUUUCAAGUAUUUUAAUAUUUAAGUAAUCUCCAUUGAAAAUAUUACUGUAUAUAUAAGCAGAUAUUCAUGAGACACUGAAAUCAUUUAUUAUUGAUAGAUUAUGAAUUUUUUUCUCCAUAGAAUUAUAUUUCUUCUGGUACUUAGUAGAACAGAUUAUACUCACUGGCUUUUCCUUCUUUCCCUGGCUCCUGUUUGUACCACUCACAAUUCUCUAGAAAUUGGUCGUAAGCCAAUAAACCAAAUUGUGAAAAACAACUGUUUAGUAAUAUAGUUAAGUUCUUCAUUUCCAAAGACCUAUUAUUUUUAACACUCAUUUGGACAAAGACAGCCCAUUAAAAACAAAGAAUUUUAAAUUUCACAACUAGUGAUUAAUGUCUUUUUAAAGGUAGCAACUCACUAGGAAUUUCAACCAUAUGAGUACUUAUUCUCUUUGUUUACUCUUGAUAUCUAGUUUAUAGCUCUCCUUGUCCUUACAGCCUUUAAAAUAUCACUUCAUUUCAUGUGAUGCAAGUAUUUUCAAAGAAAUAGAGAACUAAUAUUCCUUCAAAUUCUUCUCUUUUCAUAUUCCAUAAUCCCUGCAUGGCAAAUUAGUUACGAUAACUGAUUAAACAUACCUACUGUGUGUCUUGCUGAUUCUAGGACACACACUUUUACAAUUUAGCAUCUCCAAAAUUGUGAUGUCUCUUGAAACUGUCAUCUGCAAUGCAGUAUUUAAAGUUGUGUUGGAAUAAACACUACACUACUUCAACUUAAUUAAAUAUUCACGGGUACACAUAGGGAUAAUCCUUUCAUUAUACAUGUUUAUGAAUUCAUUUGUGAUAACAUGUAAAGCCGGUUUACAAUACAAUUGAACCACCUAACUACCACUCAAUGCAGACCUAACUGGCUAUCAGCUCGGAUCCUUGCAUCUCCAAGUCACAAAAGCUCUUUCAGGCUCCCAUUUUUGCAUUAUAAUAACAGCAAUGAUUUAGGAAAACCCAAGUUAACUAAUGAGAUACAGAGGUUUCUCAAGCUUUCAUUUAAGGAUCUUUAGACUUUCCAUUCCUCUGAAGGGAUUGUUUGAAAAGAUCAUCUCACUUUUAAAUAAGUUAACUGGAAAAAGAUUACAGGAAACAACAUAGUUUUCACAGCAAUUUGUAUACUUGAUGUCAGACGCAAGAGAUAAAUGAUGCAACCAAUUGGUAUUGUGGAAAAGAUUUCCUCUCAGGUCCCCCAACUUUCCUAUUUUUCUCUAUCCUUUUUUUUCUUUUGAUGAUCUCUUUGGCUUUAGUAACUUUUCUCUCCAGCCCAUGUGAUGACUGUUAUAAAAUUGCAUAGCUAACAUAUAGUACUUAUGUGAAAUGAUUGUCAACUCUCUGGGCAGCUUUUGAUUAAGUAUGUGAGAGUAAUAACACUAUUCUGUUUCUACCUGAAGUGUAUUCUUGCAUAAAAUGUAUCCUUGUAAGCUAACUCUUUCAACCAGAUAGUCUUCACAACCAAUUUCAGUACAAUUGUCUUAACACAUCAGCAUAAAAUAAAAAACACUGCAAUCAUCAAGGAUGGAAAUCAUGUGAUUUGUGUAAAGAACCUUUACUGACUUUACACAGACAAAUGUGAUUUUGAUAGCAAGUCUGAACAAUGAGAGUUAUGGUACGCAGAUUUUUUUAUUGAACUAUUGAGUAAGAUUAUUUUCAUUCUAAAAUUAUAAGAAAGUAUAAAUUUGCACAUAUUAAUAUAGAAAUUCAUUUUGUGUACAUUUAACAUACCUUUAAAGCUAUUUUACAUGUGCUAGCUACUUUAUUAAGGUUUGUAAAUCUCUGCAAAAAUGAUUAGAAAUGUUUUUAAAUUAUCCAUAACAUAAUCUUAGUUUGUUUCACUUAACAAAUACUGCCUUUGUAAAAAGAAAUUUAAUAUAGAAUGUAUUUUUAAAUCAAAAUAUUUGAAUAUAAAAUAGCUCAAAGAAAAACAAAUUCUUCAUGAACAUGUUUUGUGCGGUUUCUGGCUUUGAAUUAUAUGAAAGGUGAAAUUGCCUUAAAUGAUACAAAAUAUUGAUAAAUAUGACAAUUUCACAUACUAUACUAUGAAUUUCUGGUUGACUACUAACCUCUCUUUUAUGUAUUUAUUAAAAGCUGACACUGUAGAUUGUUGUGAGAUGUUUAUUUUUCUAACAGAGCUUAUAACAGUUGUGACAAGGCAAUUAAUUGAUAAACCAGUCUGUUUAAACAUAGGUGUUAAUCAAUAUAAAAUUUUAUGUUUUAAAAUAAAAGUUUAAAGCUCUAAUAAAAACAAA